UGCCCGGUGACGCGGCACAGCCGUUGGUCGGAGCAGGUCUGCCCGGGCUCGAACAUGGCAGACGAAGAGGAGUCGGCGCCGGAGCGCGCCGCCGUCUCUCCCCCGGACAGCCCUCACGCCGGGCGGCCUCUCACCGUUUCUUUCUCGGAGAGCGUCCAGCCGGCCGUCGGCAUGAUGAGCCAGCUGCUGAGCCAGCCGUCGUCCCUGAAGUUCGACAAGAACAUCAAACAGGCCUUCUACAACACCGGGGCCAUGAUCUUCGUGGCCAUCUGCUGCGGGGCAGCCGUGCUGGUGUACUUCAUCCUGGAGGCCUUCCUCCGCCCGCUGCUCUGGGCAGUGCUCUGCGGAACCUUCCUCCACCCUUUCAAGCACUCCCUGGCUCGGCUCGGCCGCUCGUGGCUCAGCGGCCUGCAGGACACCGGGACGCCCAUCGUGGUGGGGACCCUGCUGAUCCCCGUGUGGUGCGUCAACUACGGGGUGGAGGCGAUGGGCAAGCUGGUGCUGGAGAGGCUGACGGUGCUGCUGGUGAUCGGGGCCGGGGCGCCGCUGGUUUACUUCCUCUACCUCUUCUGGAGCGUCAUCGGCAUGCAGGUGAUCCUCGGACACGUGUGCUGGGUGAUCGGUGUGCUGCUGGACUGCUUCCACGUCGUGUGGGUGUGCAGCGUGGUGAUUGGCUACUUGCUGGCCGUCUGUUUCAAGUGGAGCCCUCAGACCGAGCGCUACCUGCGGGCCGUCGCUCUUCCCGUUUGGGCUGUGCUGCUCUUCUACAUCGUGUCGGUGACCGGCUCGUGGAGGGUGCCGAUAUUUAUGGUGGUGGUGGCGCUCCUCAUCGUGGGCUCCCAGGAGAAACCCCCCGUCCCAGGAAAGGGAGAGCUGCCAGGACAGAUGCUCUCAUUGGCUGCAAACACCAUUUACAUGGCCAUUUCCUGCAGCAACCUGCAGCCAAAAACCAAGCCCAGCGAGACCCGCAGCUCAGAUGGUGUGCCUUCAGUAGGUCCCCUGCCCCCCACCCCGGGCUUCCCCCGCCCCUUCAAGGCCGGCCUCCAGCUGAAAGAGAAAAGCAGCCGGAAAGCCAGCGACAUCUACUUCAUCCUGCUGGUCUGGGCCAUCGUGCUGGUCCAGAUGUGGCUCAACUUCUGGAUCCUCCAGCUGCUGCCCAUCCCUGUGGCUGUCUGGGUGUUGAAGAAGCUGGUCGUCCACUUCGGCGUGAAGAGCUUCGCCGAGCGGACCCUGAGCUCGUGGUGGACCGCGUUGGAGAAGUUCGUACGGGAACGUGAAGAGGCCUUGUUGCCCGGACCAAUCAAAGGCCUCGCUCAGUUCCUGCUGCGCGUCGACACCAAGCUCUGGCAUUGGCUUAACAAGCAGAUGAUAGUGUGGUUGGAGCGAUCGCUGGAUAAAAUCAUCAGCAUCUUCAUCAUCUUCCUCCUGGUCACGGGCACCCUGCUCAUGGGUCUUCUGCUCACUGCCAUGGUUCAUCAAGAAAGCGCUCACAUCAUCGAGGUAGCCAGUAACCUCAUCAACGAGACUCUUUCCGACCACCCGGAAUGGGCCAAUUGGCUUCCAGAAGCUCGUGUUGUGCAGAAAGCCCUGAAUUCAGCCGCCACUAACGUUUACCAGCAUGGGAGGGAAUGGAUAACGCAGAAGCUUCAUAAGAUGCUGGGAGACAAGGUGAACAACACGGCGGUGAUCGAGAAGCAGGUUCUGGAGCUUUGGGACCGACUGUACCACUCCUGGUUUGUGAAGAACGUGACCCACUCCGGGCGCCACCGCUGGCAGAAGAUAAUUGCUCAGAGACAGAACAGCUGGUUAGGGGACAUCCUGGACUGGAAGGACAUCGCCUCGUUUCUGCAGGAAAACAUCGAGACGCUGCUGGCUAUCCUGGAGUCUCUGUGGGUGGUGAUGAGCAGGAAUGUGGGCCUCCUCAUCUCCACCACCACCACCCUGCUCACCGUGUUGUUCCACAGCGGCACGGCGCUGCUCAACUUUGCACUCAGUCUGGUGAUCUUCCUCACCACUCUCUUCUACCUGCUGAGCUCCAGCGGUGAAUACUACAAGCCCGUCAAAUGGGUCAUCAACCUGACGCCCCUCUCCCAGCCCGGACCCUCCUCCAACAUCAUCGGCCAGUCCGUGGAGGAGGCCAUCAGAGGGGUGUUUGACGCCUCCCUGAAAAUGGCCGGCUUCUACGGCCUCUACACUUGGCUCACCCACACCAUCUUUGGCAUCAACAUCGUCUUCAUUCCUUCCGCUCUGGCCGCCAUCCUGGGCGCCGUGCCGUUCCUGGGGACCUACUGGGCGGCGGUGCCGGCUGUGUGCGACCUGUGGCUGGCGCAGGGGGAAGGCGUCAAGGCCGUGCUGCUGCUCAUCUGCCAUCUGCUCCCCACGUAUUUCGUGGACACCGCCAUCUAUUCCGACAUAUCGGGGGGGGGUCAUCCGUACCUGACAGGCCUGGCGGUGGCAGGUGGGGCGUACUAUCUCGGCCUAGAGGGGGCGAUCAUCGGGCCCAUCCUCCUCUGCAUCCUGGUGGUGGCAGCAAACAUCUACAGCGCCAUGCUGAUGAGUCCCAGCUCUGCGCUCCCCACGCCCGUUCAGCCAAACUGGCCCACUCACCCAAUGAGGGCCUUCGCAGAGUCCACCCCCUCUGUGCUGAAGAAGAGCCCCGAGUCCAAGUAAGACGGCGUAUCCCCCGCAGAAUACGACGUGGCUUCAGGGAAAUGCUUCCCGCCUCAGGGCUCCUCUGGAAGCUGGCAGGUCUCCGCGAGCUCGACCCGGACCGAGAGGAGAAGGAGACGCAGCGACUCCCGGCGCUGUCCGCUUCCCAGAGCGAGCCGUUCCUCGAUAAGCAACCGUCCCGAUCCCAAACCCGGACCGACGCCAGCACACUGGGUUUCUGUACGACAGAGAAGUUGAUGCUGAUCCGUCAUCUUUCUGGACUCGGUGUCUAAUUUAUUUAGUAAUGCGGGAGACGGAGCCUAAAGUCCGUGGGCGGUUACCUGUAGGAGGGCGUCUCAGAUGUCUCUUUGCUGCUAACCUGUUUGCCGCUGAGCAGCGUUUCUACGCCCCGCCUUCUAAAGAGGUCCAACCAGGACCGAGACGAGGAGUUUGCACGGUUUAUUUCUUCCUGAUUUAACAAACGCUACUCAUGUUUCAGUGAUGGUAGCUUCAGUUUAUUGAAGCCGGAGCUGUAACAAAGACCUGCUGUCCAGGACCAGGUUUGCUGUGUAAUCUUUUAAUCUUUACGGCUGAAUAAAAGGAGACGUCUUUGUUCACACUUUAAAUGUCCUAUGGCCGGACUGUAAACAUCACAGGAAUGUUUUUCCACUUUUUAUUUAUUUAUCUGAACCCUAAAGUCUUCAGCACAUGCAUGACCACGCGUUAAUUCUGGACCUGGGGACG